AUGGGCAGACCCGAAGACGACCUCCUCCUGCAAGAGCAAAGCGAACCCCUCACCUCCUCCAGCCAGCAUGCCUCUCGAGACCACAGCGGCGAGCGCACCCCCCGACCUAGCGGUAGCUCCAUUUCCACCACAAGCUUGAUGCUUGAGCACGUCAAUGACACCGCCUUGCGCGCCAAAGAAGCGCUGUACAACGGCACCACCUACCGCCUCAACCGCGACGGGGCCAAACCGCACGGCAGCGACAGCGGCGACGAAGAGGGCGAGGAGAUCGACAUGGAAGACCAGCUCGCGUGGCGCCGGUCGGUGAAGCCGUCGGAUAAGAAGGCGAGGAAGGUGUUUUACAUCUUGAUCGCCAUUGGAUUGGUAGGGUGGGUGGCGGCUUUCUUCUUGUUCUUGGGGCAGGGGAGGCAUAAAGCGAGUUUGGAGCGGGUGCACGAUCCGCACGCGACGAGCACGGUCGGGCAUGGAAAGAAAGUCACGCUGCAGCAGGUUUUGGCUGGGCAGUGGGGGGCGAGCAGGCAUGAGAUACGCUGGAUCGCCGGGCCGAAGGGGGAGGAUGGGUUGUUACUUGAGCGAGGCGGCAGGGAGGGAAGGGAUUAUUUGGUGGUAGAGGACGUGAGGUAUCGCGGGGAAGAUUUGGAGGUGCAGCGGAAGCACUCGACGACGCUGAUGGAGAAGGGGAGUUUUGAUUACGAAGGACGGAGGGUCAAUGUGGACGAAGCGUGGCCGAAUGCUAAUCACACGAAGGUGCUGGUCAGGAGCGACUAUGCGGAUAACUGGCGGCAUAGCGGGACGGGGGCGUAUUGGGUGUUUGACGUUGAGACGCAGACGGCGGAACCGGUGGAUGGGAAGAUGCCGUAUGGGAGGAUACAACUGGCGAGUUGGAGUCCGAAGGGGGAUGUGGUGGUUUUCACGAGGGAUAAUAACAUGUUUGCCCGGCACCUGGAUGACGAGAAGGUGCAGUCGAUCACGACUGAUGGCGGCCCGGAGCUUUUCUACGGCGUGCCGGAUUGGGUGUACGAGGAGGAGGUGUUCCAGACGGAGUCGGCGACGUGGUGGAGCGGUGAUGGGAAGUUCGUCGCGUUCUUGCGGACAAACGAGAGUAAAGUGCCCGAGUUCCCCGUGCAAUACUUCUUCUCGCGACCAUCUGGCAAGGCGCCGAAGGAUGGCGAGGAGCGGUACCCCGACACGGUGAAGAUCAAGUAUCCCAAGGCUGGGGCGCCGAUGAGCGUGGUGAGUCUGCAGAUUUAUGAUAUGGAGAAGGAGCAGGUGUUUGAGGUGCCGAUUGAUGAUGAUUUCGAGGACGAUGAUCGCUUGAUCACGGAGGUUGUGUGGGCGGGUGGGAGUGGGAAGGUGCUUGUCAGGAGCACGAACCGGGAGUCGGAUCGGUUGAAGAUGAUUUUGAUUGAUGCUGUUGGGAGGUCUGGAAAGACUGUCCGGGAGAGGGAUGUGCUGGCGCUGGAUGGCGGGUGGUUUGAAAUCUCGGAGACGACGACCUAUGUGCCUGCCGAUCCUCAGAAUGGGCGAGAGCAUGAUGGGUACAUCGAUACCGUCAUCCACGAGGGCUACGACCAUCUUGCCUACUUCACGCCUCUGGACAAUCCAGAACCGCAGAUGCUGACUGAAGGCGAGUGGGAAGUCGUCAAGGCUCCUUCCGCCAUAUCGCUCGACUCGAACCUCGUCUACUUCAUCUCUACUAAAGAUGGCAGCACUCAACGCCACGUCUACACCGUCGACCUCAAGUCCGGCCCGUCCAGCAUCAAAGCGAUCACCGACACGAGCGACAUCUCCUACUACUCCGCCUCCUUCUCCACCUCCGGCACCUUCAUGCUCCUCUCCUACCAAGGCCCACACAUCCCCUGGCAAAAAGUCCAAUCCACCCCCUCCAACACCGGCGCCUCCACCUCCAUCACCCUCGAAGAAAACCCGCGCCUCGCCGAACUCGCCAAGAAAACCGAACUCCCCAUCGAAAUCUACCAAACCAUCACCAUCGACGGCCACGAGAUGAACCUCGUCGAGCGCCGCCCCCCGCACUUCGACAAGAACAAACAGUACCCCGUCCUCUUCUUCCUCUAUAACGGCCCCGGCUUCCAGCACGUCAACCGCCGCUUCACCGUCGACUUCCAAUCCUACGUCGCCUCCACACUCGGCUACAUCGUCGUCACGCUCGACGCGCGCGGGACGGGGUUCCUCGGCCGCGCCCACCGCACCGUCAUCCGCGGCAACAUCGGGUACUGGGAAGCGCACGACCAGAUCGCGGCGGCGAAACAAUGGGCCGCGAAACCCUACGUCGACGCCGACAAGAUGGCCAUCUGGGGCUGGUCGUACGGCGGCUUCAUGACGCUCAAAGUCCUCGAGCAGGACGCGGGGGAGACGUUCAAAUACGGCAUGGCCGUCGCCCCCGUCACGGACUGGCGCUUCUACGACUCCGUGUACACGGAGCGGUACAUGCACACGCCGCAGCACAACCCCGAGGGCUACGCGAACGCGAGUAUCAGCAACGCGCGCAAUUUGGGCAAGACGGUCAAGUUCUUGGUGAUGCACGGCGCGAGCGACGAUAAUGUGCAUUUCCAGAAUACGCUGAGUUUGCUGGAUAAGCUGGAUUUGGCCGGGGUGAGGAAUUACGACGUCCAUGUUUUUCCCGACAGUGAUCAUAGUAUUUAUUUCCAUGGGGCGAAUUCGGUGGUUUAUCAUAAGCUGAGCGAUUUCUUGGUCAACAGCUUCAAUGGGAACUGGCUGCGUACUGAUGAGCCCGAGCCGGCGAUGAUGGGGGAUUGGGAUAAGGGGUAUGCUAUGGGCUGA